AUGGGUUGGCUAUGGGCAUCAUCGCCAACCGCCAGGGCUCUCGACAGCGACAAACCCACCUCGCCAGCUCCAACUUCGAGUCCGGCUCCAGACUCGCCUCCUGUGGCCACCAGAGCCCCAGAGUCCGACUACAGUGACCCCGAGAUAGCCAAGUUCAUCGCUCAAGUCCAAGCAGAGUUCGGCAGCGCCAGCAGCAGCAAACCAACCGAGCCUUCUCGACCAGCGGCAGCUCCUGCCCUUGAACCCCCCAAGCCAGCAGCCACAGUCACCUCCCACACCGCAACCCCCCUUCAAACUCUCGACCCCAUCUCCGAAUCCACCCUCCCAACGACCAUGUCCUGCCGGCAAGCCUUCGACGCCGCCUUCUACUGCCAAAGCGUCGGGUCGCAAUUCCACGCCAUCUACCGCCAAGGCGAAGUACGUGGAUGCAGCGAACUCUGGGACGACUUUUGGUUCUGCAUGCGCACACGCGGCUACAGCGGUAAAAUCAAAGAAGAAGCCAUCAAGGACCACUACCGCCGCAAGGAGCUGUCCAAGUACUACGGUCCGGGGAAACCCAGCAGCACCGACGUCUGGGAGAGCCGCGAGGAAAAAGUGCCCUGGGAUUCGGAGUUUCGCCAAUCGUACCCGCGCCAGCCCGAUGUGUCUGAUGAGGAAUGGAGGAUUAUGGAGAUUGAGAGGCGGAGGAGGGCGCAAGAGGAGUUGGAUAGGGAGGCUGGGGGUCGGCUUCGGGAAUAG